UAUAUAUCAUGCAUUUAAAAAUAAUUGAAUUUGAUUAAACAAGCAAAUAGGUUUAGUACUUAAUAGGAUAUUAAAUCAAAAUUAAUUGAAAUGAAAGCACAUUUAAAAUAAUAGCAAUCAAGCGCUCUUUAAUUUAAUCAAUUUCCUAUGAGCAAAGAAGGAAGAGAUUAUACUAGGGAAAUAAUGUAAAAAGAAGAAAUCAGCAAAUAAAAUUAUAUAAUUUUAAACCCAAAUUCUAAUUAAUAGAAAAUGUUUUAGAAUAAUUACUAAGAUUAAAUAGCUAGCAUGAGAUCAAAUAAAAAUAUAAAUAAUGGUUUAAAUUCUGAGACAUAUAUGAGUCCGUCAAGAUGCCAAUAGUUACAAACAUAAUUUGAUAAAUAAAAAAUAUACUAUUAAUCACCUAAACAAGAUCAAAUGCAGUUAUAAUAGUAUUAGUAUAAAAAAAGUAUUAACGAUGGAAAGUUUGUUUAAUAGACUUCAGAUGCUUAUAGGAUGAUACCAACUGGCGAGUAUACUUCAAACAGGCAAAUGCUAGAUGAUAAUAAUUUAAAUCAUAAAAAAAACUAAAACUUUGAUACACAAUUAGGAUAAAAUAAUUUGAAACAAUAGGAGUUUCAAUAAAAAUUUUAAGUAACUAAUAGUAUUUAAUAAAAGUUUAAAGCUUUUGAAGUUUCAGAUAACACUAAUGAAAAGAGUGGAAGGUAAGACAUAAAAGAAACAAGAUAAAUUUAAAACAGAUUUGAAAAUCUUAAUUCCUUGUAAGAUAAAUUUAAAAUUUAAUUAUCAUAAAAAACUGCAGCUAAUUCUUAACAGCCUCCUUAAGAAUCAUUUAAGAUGUCUCCAAGAAAUAAUUUAAAAGACUUCAAUUAGAAAUAGGUUAUAAAAGAUUUAGAUAAAAAACAAGAAUUCUUUAAUAGUUAAUAUUAAUAACAUUUCAAUACAAAAGCAUAUGCUGUUAACUAAAAUAACAUUUUAAAGGAUUCAAAAUAGAUUAAUUUACAUAAUUAGGAUUAAACAAAGCCAAUAGCUAUGCAUCCAAUCCAACUAAAAAAUAAUUUCCAACCUUAGACUUUCCAAAAGCAAUAAAUUGAAAGUGUAUAAAAUAUUUAAUAACCUUAAUCAAUAGGAUAGUAAUAAUAUGCAUAAAGUUAAUAAAAUUUAGAUCAAAUCGAUUAAAACAAAUAGCUUUUAAUCAAUAACCCUAAUUAACAUUUAAAUGAUUUUAAAAUGAAUCAUUUGAUCUUUAAAAAUAAUAACUUCUCUUCUCAAGAUCAUAAUAAAUAAGCCAAAUGCUCAAAUAACAAUAGUCACUAUAAUGUUUAAUGUACCACACCAAAAUAGUUAAAUAACAAAAAUUAAAUUCAAACUAUUGAUAGUUUAAAUAACAUUGACUUUAAAAUAUCUAACAAUUAGUAAAUCGAUUAGUAAUUAGAGAGGUAUGAAUAAGCAAUUAAUAAGCCACAGUUAAUAAACAAAAUAGAUAUAGGUAAACCUAUUCAUAAAGCAACAAAAUCUAUUUUUAAUCAAAGUUCUCUACCAAAUAAUAUUUAUAACAAUUAAAAUGAAAGAAGGAGUUUUCACUGCAAUUCAAACAACGAAUAAAAUUAAGAUUUCCAAUAGCAAAACAAUAAAAAUAAUUAAUAAAAACAUUCUUUUAAUCCUUCAAAUAAUUUGAAUCCAUAAAAUAAAUUUGAAUCCCAACAAUAAAUUUCUAAAGAACAAAAUAUAUAAUAAACAUAAAAUUCUUCUAAUAUAAGAUAGUAAGAUUAAAAAGCUAUUCCAUAUUAGAUUAUACAAAAAAACUCUUAAAUAUAUAAAAAUUAAUAAAAUGAUCAAUAAGAAAACUCAAAUGAAAUCUAAUCAAAAUAAAAUAUUUUUUAACAAAAAUUGAUGUAUUCUCCUUCAUAAAAUUCUAAAAUAUCUCUUACAAAUACUGAAAGUUAACAGCAAGUCACUAUGUAUCCUGAAAAUAAAUAAUAAAGAAAUGGCUCUUUUAACUAGUAAGGUUAAAAUAUAGCUAAUUCACACUAAUAAUCUCUUUAAUAGAUCUAAGAUAACUCUAAAUCUACAAAUAAAUUAAGACAAGCUUCUGCAGAAAAACCAUAAAUUCAUUUAAGUAGCUUAAAUAAAAUUGCUCCAAAGAAUAUAGGAGAUUAGCAAGGAGGAGGUCCAAACAGUCAUAAAUACGAUAUUAAUUUGAAUUAGGUAGGAAACUCAUAAAAUAAAACUACUUUUUAAAAUUUAAAGUUUCCUUAACCAUCUCAUUUUGAUAGAGACUCCUUUAAGUCAAAAAGAGGAUCUGUUUAUUCUCAAACAGGAAGAUCAGAUGCUGGCUCAGUCAACAAUGAAAUAAUAAAAACUUAAUCUAAUAAUCACAACAACUCAAAUAACAAUUUCGAUUCAUUAAACUAUGAAAAAAUUAGCAUGCAAAAUGAUAAAUCAAAUUUCUUUGAUUAGAUUAAGGAAUUAUCUGAUAACUUUUUUACAAAAACACAGUAAUUUAUUUAAAGUAAUUUGAAAAAGAUCAACUAAAGACUUGGUUGCUCAUGUGAUUUGAAUUUAAAGCAAGAUGCGACUUGUUCAAAGGCUUAUCAGUGGCUUUUUAAACAAUAUAAAAAAGAAGAGCUUGAAGAAUUAAAAAAAACAUACAACAACUUGAAAAAUCACCAUCUCCCUGAAAUGGAGCCUUGUAUGCAAUAAAUUGAAAAAGAUUUGUAGAGAACCUUCCCAUAAUUGGAAAUGUUUUAGAAUGAAAAACAUAUAAAUUCCCUUAGAAAUCUGCUAUAAACAGUAGCAAAAUAUGACCCUAUUAUUGGCUAUGUCUAAGGUAUGAAUAUGAUAGGAGCAAGCUUGUUGUACCAUGCUGAAGAGUAUAUUUCCUUUUGGAUUAUGCAAAUAAUAUUUGAAAAGUUAGAAAUGAGAGAUAUCUACAUGCCAAAGCUUCCAGGACUCUCAAAGCACAUUUAACUCAUAGAUUUUAUCACUCUAACAAGAAUAUCAGACCUUUAUUCUCAUUUCUGUGAACAAAAAAUAACAUUUGACAUGUUUACCACUCCUUGGAUUUUUUCUUUAUUUGGUGUUGUUUUGACUCCUUAAAAAUUAACUAUUUUAAUAACUGAACUUUUGGAAGAAGGGUGGCUUAUGUUCUAUAAACUUGUGAUAGCUUUCCUUUGUUAUAAUAAAGAACUCCUAUUUCAGUAAGAUAUGGGAGAAAUGCUUGUAACAUUAACUUAAGAUAAUUAUAAAUUUGAUUAAUAAGAUUAGUGGGAAUAGCUAAUUAAAUACGCUAAAAAUGUAAAUAUCGACAGCAAUUUUAUUAAUUCAAUGCUGGAUUCAUACGAUCCUGAAAAAAAAUAAUUUAUAAUGAAAAAUCGUUGA